AGAAGUUUGUUGGCUAUGGGAAGAAAAUAUCGAAAACGAACGGAGUUCUGAUGACUGGAGUGUAAUGACGUCUGUUUAGGCUCUUUAGAUAAAGUCAAGUGUUUCCGAGCAGUAAUUACUUCGCUAAAUCGAUCAUGUAGCAUUGACAGUCACCGCGUUAUUAUGCUAAGACUCACUGAACUCUUUUAAGAAGGAAAAACGACAUUUGGACACAGCGAAAGUUGUUUAUUCACCUAAUAGCACGUGUGCUGGUAAUUUAGGAACUACAUGACAGACGCUUUGCCGUUCGACAUUUCUGUUUAACUUAUGACAAACUCUUGCCCUUGAAGAUAAACUGUUUUAUGGUCUGUGCACUGUUUGUGCAACAGUUUGUCUGUCUGAAGUAAACUUGGGAAGGAUGCAGAAGUUUAAUUCGACCAACAGUCACCCGAGUCCUAGGGACGCAGAACUUCAGCAGCGGUUAGCCGACAACGGGGGAACGGGAGAACCCAUGAAGGAGAAUGGGAAGAAGCACAAACUUGGUGUCCCUGAACCUGUGGAUACCGCGUUCUGCUCAAGCAGAAAGAUGCUUGUCGGCUUGGACGUUCUUUGUCUUUUUGUUGCUUCCAUCCCGUUCUUUGCCUGUGAGCUGAAGGCAGUGACUCCAUAUAAAAGAGGAUUCUUCUGUGGUGACCCCAGCAUCACAUAUCCAUAUCUGGAGAAAGAGGCCAUCCCAGACACGCUACUCAUCGCUGGAGGAAUCAUCAUCACAGGGCUUACGAUCGCUCUGGGUGAGUGCUACCGAGUGCGAUUCCAGGAGGUGCAUUCACGCGCGUUCGUGCGAAACCGCUACAUCUCCUGCCUCUAUAAAGAGCUCGGCAGCUUCCUGUUUGGCUGCUGCAUCGGCCAAUCCCUCACUAACAUGGCCAAGCUGAGCGUUGGUCGACUCCGCCCCAACUUUCUGGAGGUGUGCAAUAUCACGUACGAGUCCCUCAACUGCACUCCGGGGACAUACGUGACCGACUUCACCUGCAGCCGGGCCGACAAACUGGUCGAAGAAGCCAGAAAGUCUUUUUUCUCCGGCCAUGCCUCUUUCGCCAUGUACACAAUGCUCUACCUGGCAUUCUACCUGCAGGCCCGGUUCUCGUGGCGAGGAGCUAGGCUCUUGCGUCCGCUGCUGCAGUUCCUGCUGGUGAUGUUGGCCGUGUACACAGGGCUCAGUCGGAUCUCGGAUUACCGUCACCACCCCACGGACGUUCUGGUGGGCUUCCUGCAGGGAGGCCUGACCGCUUUCUGGGUGGCCCUCUAUAUUUCGACCAUGUUUAAGAACUCGCGUGUAAACCUGUCUCCCACCGCCCUGUCUCUGGAGAGCCCUCUGUCCAGCCAACAGACUGUCUGCUAGCAGCCCCACAGCCCCACAGCCCCACAGUGACUGGGAGAAGCAGCAGGAGAAGACGGCACGGCAGGAAGACGCGUAAUCCCAACCAGAGCAAAAGCACAAGCACAAAGCCCAGAGAGAAGAAGGUCGUUGGUUCAGACUAGAAAGAAAAGGGAAAAGAAAAAGUCAAAGUAGACGCCACCACAGGGCGGCGAGGACGAUAAUGAGAUGUGAAGAUGAAUGUUGACAGAGUUUCAAAUCGUGGUUUUUUUUUGUUGUUGUUGUUGUUUUUGUUUUUUGUUUUUUUGAGAGGGAGGGUGUUACAAAUACAAAUACCCCCCUCCCCUCUGCUACAGAGCCAGUUCCUGUCAUAUACUCACAGAGGUCCCAGUCAGCAGACCUACCCUUAACCGUCCACAAAGUGUCAAACCUGGCAUAGAAAUCUCACAGUUAUUUUAUAUAUA